GGGUAUACAGCUGGCAGCUUCACCCUGUAAAAGGAUGCCACUGCUACUGAAACUGCAAAUCUCGACCUUGAAAUCGUCGAAACUCAAUGAAAUGAGGAACCACAAGGCAUUUUUAGCGAUACUAUCUACUUGUCAAGGCUAAAUUAGGUUAGUCAGGAUUCAGACCUACAGCCCAAAAUUACAUCUGCACAUGUACAACAAAUGACAGAAGUGAUUGUGUUCUUAAGGCCGAAUGAUGAAUUUUCAAUGAGCUAGUUAAUCUCUUACUCAAUGUAAUCCUACUUAAAUGUUUUUUUGUCGCUACUUAUGUCUUAAUUAUCAUGAAAUGUGUGUAGUUAAGGUGUUGUAUUUCAUCUUGUAGACAGAAAAAAAGCUUUAAAACAAUUAGUUCCUUUUAUAAAUUUUGAUAGCGUUAUUAGAAGACGGAGACUAUCUGAAAAAUGUGAUGUAUUAGCGCUAUACGUUUCGAAUAAUCUGAUCACACAUUUACUUUUCAAGUCAAUAUAUAUAGAAAGGUUAAAUUAAGCAAAGUGAGAGAAAACGAAAUUAAGAAUAAUUACCAAGCUCAUAAUAUCUUGUCCAAAGCUUCCUGUUCGCGUAUCUCAAAGACCUUAAAACUAACACUAUGGAGACUGAAGGAGUCGGUACUUCUCCUGAGUCAGAUGAUUCUGUUGAAAAAUGGUGGCAAAGUUUCUUAAAGCAAAAACUUGCUGAUGAUGAAUUAGACGCAGAACUUCGAUCUGCUUGGGAGAAUUGUGUUCAAAGACGGGCUAAAUUUGCUGAAGAAGUGAAACGCAUCUUGAAGUUAUACCAACCGAUUGAAAAGGUGCUUAGCAAUACAUUGGAUGCUGAUCGUGGACAACGUGGUCAAAAUCUUUACAGAGAAUGGGGUCAAAUACGUCGAAAGGAAUGUCUACUGGCCUAUUACGAUAAUGAUACAUUUCGGGCUACAUAUACACGACAAAGAUUUGUAAACAGUGCUACCAGCUUCUUACAAGCUUUAGUUUAUCGAAUUAUCCCAGAGAAUCCAGAUGUAGAGUCGUAUCUACGGCAUAAUGUGAGUCGUAUCAUUAGUAUAGGCGUUGGCCCAGGACCAGAUAUAGCUGCGUAUUUAGCCUAUGCACGUUGUCGGGGUUUCACUCAACGUCUUGUCUAUUAUGCUAUGGAUCAAUGUGCUGGUUGGGCUAGUUAUCUAGCGGCAUUUGAUCGUCAAUGGUCAACAGAAUAUCAAGUAUCCGUUUGGUUCAAGUGUUUUCGUUUCGGUAAACGUGAAGAUGUACAAACUCUACCCGAUGCAGAUAUGGUAGUGUUCAGUUUUGCAAAUACAGCUUUAAUGGCUAGUUCUGUUUGGCCAUUAUUACAACAACGUUAUCGUCUAAUUGUAGUAUUAGACGGUAUUAAAGAGGCUGUUAUUGAUAGUUUUCUCGACUCAGGAUUUAAAGAUUUCACAUUGACGGAAAGAACAAAUGUCUACUAUCAUUUUAGUGGAUUACCAGAAAGUGAUAAGAAUGGAAAUAUAAUCAGUGAUGAAUGAAUAAAUGACUGCAGUCCACCCCACCCCGGCCCCCCUCUACUACACUUCACUUCACUAUACUACGCCACACCACGCUACACUACACUACACUUGAUUGCAUUUUGACUACAAAGAAUUUUUUCAUACAGCAUUCAUGUAUACAACACAUUUAUGUGUAUGUGUAUUUGUGUAUAUUUUGACAUACUACUUAUUUGAAUGGAAGAUAAAACAAACGAAACAAAACACAAAGCACCAUCCCUUUUGCUAUUCACCAUUUUAAUUUUUUUGGUUUGGUUUUUUCAAAUUAUUUUCUGGUUUCACUCUCCUUGUUUCAUCUUGUUUCUUUUUUCUCUUUAACACAAGUUUUAUACAAGUAUCACUUUUUUGGUAGAUUUUAUCAAAACAGAACAUCAGUUGCUGGCUGAUGAUGUGCAGUGUGCACCAUGAAACCAAUUUAAAAUGAGUUCAAAAUGAAUGAAUGAACGAAUGAGGAUGACGAAAUUGCCUAUCUUCAUCUCACAUGAAAUGUACAUUCCAUUGUGUGUGUGUGUGUAAUUUUUAAAUUCAUCUUUAACAUAUUUUUUUAAAGUUUUAUUUUGUUUAUAUUUUGUCUGUUUUUG